AUGAACGAUCAUUUACCAGGACCACCUCGUUCCAGUUUUAUAUUGGGUCAUCUCCCAGAGAUUCGGAAAUACAUGGCUGCUACUGGCAGAACAUUGAGCGAAUUUUUGCUGGAAAAACGGUUAGAAUACGGACCAAUAUUUGUGAUAUUUUGUCUGCAUAAACCUAUGGUAUUUCUGGGUGACUCGAACUAUUUGAGACAUGUCUUUAUAAAUAAUCAUAAGAACUUGCGUAAGAGUCCGUUUAUCUAUCAUAAAAUUGGUUUUAUUUAUGGCGAAAGAGGAGGUGGUUAUGGAUUGAUAACUAAUACAGAUGAGUCGUCAUGGCGGAAACGACGGCGUCUUAUGAAUCCAGCUUUCCAUCGUAAGUGUCUGAGAGAUUUCAUGAGUAAAUUCAAUGAUGUAAGUGAUAGAUUUUUAGCCCGUAUGGACACAGUUGUCGAAAGUGGUAAGCCGACCAGCAUGGUUGAAGAAUUUGCGAAAGUCACUUUGGAAGCUAUAAGUCAAGUAUCGUUUAAUAUUAAUACCCAUGCUAUCGAGGCUCCCAAUUCCCCAUUUCCAGCAGCAAUACGGCACUAUCUCAGGGGAAUACAACACAACUUCGACAUGCCAUUGGAUCCCAGCCUCCUUGCAAUAUUCCAGUUCAAGCUGUUUCAGAAUGCUACUAAAAAAGAACAAAUUGAUGCAGCACGAUUUCUUAGAAAAUUUGCCUCCGAUUGCAUCACAGCUCGAAUGAAGGACAUUGCAGAUGAUAAAGCCGUCCCUGAUGACCUAUUGAGUCUGUUGAUUAAAGAUGGAAAUGUAUCAAUGGAUGAAAUUAUUGAUGAAUUCGUAACCAUUUUCAUUGCCGGUCAAGAUACAACUGCAAACACAUUGUCAUUUGCUUUACAUGGGAUCAUUAGUAACCCCGAGGUUGAAGUGAAACUUUUAAAUGAAGUUAAUGAAGUGCUCGGUGAUCGUGAUGAUGUUGAUUUUGAUGAUAUGGCAAAACUGAAAUAUCUUGGCCAAGUUUUAGAGGAAACUUUAAGAAAAUAUCCUGUUGUACAAGCACCUUCAAGAAUCUUAGGAAAAGAUAUUACAGUCGGAGGAUAUAAUAUUCCCAAAGGGAACGGAAUUAACAGUUUACAACUCUUUUUUGGUAUGAACCCAAACAUUUGGAAAGACCCAGAAGUAUUUGACCCAGAAAGAUUUUCUGAUGCUGAAAACAUGACAAACUUUAGUAUGACUCAUUUCCCCUUUUCAUUUGGCCCUCGUAAUUGCAUCGGACAGACUUUUGCAAAGUUUGAAUCAAAAGUUAUUCUUGCAAAAUUGCUGCGGAAGUUUCAGUUUAGACUACUGCCUGGUCAAACUGAUAGGAUAAAAGCAAGAAUCAAUAGUACUCCUCGAGAUGGUGUCAUGUGUGACAUCACCAGACGUGAUUAA